AUGUCACUAACGCUUUUUACUAAUGACAAGAGGAGAGAAUAUUUAGGCAGUAACAGACCAGAAGGUCGCGUGGGACAUUCCCUACAUCAUUACUAUGAAUUAAGCGCAACGGAGGAAGCGAGUGCCUCGUCGGGAAGAGACGACGAUGAAGACACGCACCAGACACUCGCAGCACACCGGAUGGACGAUGCGUAUUCGUGCGCGAUAAAGUCUGGGUUUAUUUCAAGUCAACAGGAAUGUAAAUGUGGACAGGCCGAAAUAAGUGGUAGAAACGGUGGCGAUGAUGUGGAAGGCGAACUAAGGGAGGGAGAAGAAUCCCCAAAAGAUAACCCGGAGGAGCAGACAUACAAAGAAGAUAAAUUAUUCACCCAAUGUCCUAACACUGCAAACCAUUACAUAAGUAAUGACGACCAUCUGGGUAGUACGUCUUAUGGGGGAAAGAAGGGUUACCAUAAUAGGUUCACCCAUGGGAGGUAUAAAGUCGUUCUCUUCGGGGGAGGGGUACCGGAAGAGGCGUUUGUAAAAAAUUAUGCAAACGGAUGUUCACAAGGACAGGGGGACGAAGAAAAUGGCGCCUACAGUAAAUACAAUAUGAUGUCUGUAGAGAAUUCUCUAGAAAAAACUUUUAAUGACCUAUACAUUUGUGAAGAGGAAAAUGACGAUUUUGAGAAUUGGGUGAAUGUGAAGACGCAUAAUGUUCCUGAAGCGAGGGCAUUCCACGCGUCUUGUAUUGUUAACUUGGGAUUAACUGGUGUUUUUUUGUUUAUCCAUGGGGGCAAAGUGAAGAAUGACAUGCUCGCGGAUGAUCGACUCUGUGCCUUGAACUUGAGCAGAAUUACAUAUCGUGGUGGGCGAAACCGGAGUGGCAGCAGAUGUAGCGUAGAACUGGAGGCGAAGGACGAAAGUGACACUAGCGACAACCCCUUGGCAGAACAAAAUUAUGAGCAUAAUCAGACCGACUGCAAUGAUCAUCCGGAUGAAUCUGAGGGAGAACACCUUCCCGAAGACGACCCUCUGAGGGAGAACGAACCUGACCGCGCUAACAAUGUGGUUAUGGAAGAGGAUCGGAAUGAAGAGGACGAGGAGGGCGACGACCCCACAAAUGAGGGACCUCAAAAUGGUGUAGUAAAAAAACUAGCAGAGGAGGAGAUGGUGGAAGAAGAAGAGGAAGCGCUUGGCGAACACUUAACUGGAGGAAGCAAAAAUGGUGAAGCCUCGAGGGGGGAAGACAACCUUGAUGUGGAUAUUGACCCGGCUUCCCUAAAGGAAGAAACAUGUAGUGAUGCAAAACCAGAUGCGGAAAAGUUAGGGGCUCCUCCCCAAGAACAGAACGUUGCAGCCAAUCGGAAGAAGAGGAAAUGGGCUUGUUCAUCAUCCCAUUUGUGCUCUGCAUCGAGCGGGUCUGUAUCCAGUGAAUCUGCCUCGAGUGCGUUCGUUUCCCCCUCCUCAUCGUCAUCCUCUUCCAAUUCGUUGCCUCCAUGCGACUCUGCCUUUUUCCGGUCCAGCUAUUACCGCGCACGUGAUAACAAAUUUGACGAGGACGAUGAAGGCGUUCUUGUGAAUUCCCGCGUCCCAGCUAAAAGUUUACUGCUCAGGGGAAACAACUCCUCUUGUGGUAGUGCCUCUUCUGAAGAAGACUCAGAUGAGGACACGGGGAAAAAUAAACAUUCCUCACUGAAAAGGGUUAAAAGGACAUGGGUCCACAUCCAAACAGUAGGUAGGAAGCCAAACAGUAGAUAUGGACAUACCCUCGAUUUUCUAUAUCCCCAUUUAGUGUUAUUCGGGGGAAAUGAAAAUGUGUGCGAUGAUGAGGAAACUUUUUUUUGCAAAAAUGACCUCUGGGUAUUGAACAUAAAAAAAGGGAAAACAAAAUAUACAAAAAAUGAGAGGAAAAAAAUUCUUUACUUUCAGUGGCAAGAGGUAGAGUACCAAUCUGUGAAUCCUUUGGGCAGAUACUUUCACGCCACCACCGUAUGGUAUGACGUAGAAAAUAAAAUGAACAAUUUAAUUUUGUAUGGAGGUAAAAUGAGAAAGAAGACAAGUGUCAGCAACAGAUUGUUAACUCUUCAGUAUUAUGGAAAUAAAUGGAGGUGGUCCAUUUUGCCCGUUUAUGUAAAUCCUCUGAAUGAAAACAGAGCAUGUCACGCCUUGGUCUGCGCCCAAAAUCAUAUUUUUAUCAUUGGGGGUGAAGAAUACACUUAUAAGUAUAUCGAGAAAAUGCCAUCCGCCUUGUAUUCUUUUGAGUCGAAGAAGUUUCAAUAUAUUAACGACUUUAGUGCCAAGGCCUGUUUAAAAUGCUUUGCAAAAAAUGAGACGAUUUAUUCCUGGGGAGGAUUUACAGACGUAUCGUGCAAUCAAAUUUUUUUACCCAACAAUUUUGUUACCAUUGAUGUGAACCCCCAUGUUAUGUAUAUACAAAUGAAGGAAGACCUUGCAGAUGAGUAUGAUGAAAAUAACAACCUCGUUGUGAAGGAAGAGCCAGAAUCCGACGAUGACAUUUACAAUCGUAUGAAUAAAAGAAUUUUAAAAAUACAGAAUAGGAAGAUGGAACUCGAGAAGGAUCUACUGUACCAGAUAAAGCUAAAUGAAAAUUUAAAUUUUCGCAUCAAGUCGCAGAUGGUGCAGUAUCAGAGGCUGGUUCAUCUGCUAAAUGUAAAGCAGAGUCAGAAUGUUCAUCUGAUAAACGCCUUCAAGCAGCAGAGCCUUCCCCUGAACGAUGGGAGCGUUGGCUGCACCAUUGCAGGUGGCGUCUCCAUGUGCCACUCCUCAUCGCACACCCUGCCGAGUUCCAUUCCAUACGACGUACCUUCUGGCAUACACCACAUCGCAUCGCACGACCUUCCACACGGUUCAUACCACAGCCUGCAAGCUAUGCCUUUGUACGAACCGAACCCCAGCAUCAAUAUGAGCACCACCUACAUGAACAGCAACAACAACUACGGCCAUUAUAACGGUGAAGAUUUUUUGAAAAUGUCGAUAAGCCCACAGGACAACUUUGCCCAUCUGAUGACUCCCAACAAUAUGAACAUUCAUGCCAGUGAGUUGCAGGGCGAGUACGAGAAGCAAACUAUGAGUGAGCUUCCCGUGGGCGACCCAGACGCGUACAAUAAUAUGCUAUCAAAUGAGAAGGGUAACAAGGACGUGGAGGAGCAGCUGCGGUUUGAGGCAGGGGGAACGGCGGAUCGUUCCGGUGUACCAAUCAACCAAGUGAGCGCAGCGGGCGAAAAUCCCCCAUGUGGUGGUGAAUGUCACCCCAGCGAAGGAUACCCUCCCCCUUGCGAACAGGUCAGCAGUGUCUCCGUGAAUGCGCCUUACCAAACGUUUAAUGGCAUGUCAGAACUGUGCGCUAUGAAUGGAGGGCAGCUCCAGUUGAAUGAACGUACAAGUGGUUACUCCAAUGCAGCAGGUCAUCCGUAUAAUGGAAUGAAUCAACCAUCCGACAUGCCCAUACCGAAUAACACUUCUUUUGUGAAUGAUUAUUGCACGUGGAUACCCCUGGAUGUGUCCACAACUAACCUCCAGGAGAGUGACAGCAACGCUAAAAUUGACAACCCCUCGUCAACAGAGAGGGGCGUUAUUGGUAACGAAAAGGAAGGAAGCACAGUUACGGGCACCAACAACGAGAGUGUGCAAAACCAGGUCGAGGCGAAUUACGUAAACAAAGAGGCGCCUACUCAACGGGCUCGACGAAAAACAGCCGCCAAGUGCUUGCAGCUGAUUGAGCAAGACAGGCUCAAUAGGAUGAUGAGUGAGAAGUAG